CACGCGAUGAACAAAACACAGCUAACCUGUUUCUAUUUAAAGGUAAAUUUGGACCAAACAGGAAACGAAACGCAAACAGCUAAUAUUGUAAUAUGUGUUCUCAAUUCAGCGUUUUCUCUGAUAACAUGUACGGGAAAUUCUGUUAUUCUGUAUGUGAUCUGGAAAACGCAGGAACUUCAUUCGCCAUCUUUCACCCUUUUGUCCUGCCUCGCCGCUGCAGAUCUCCUCGUUGGACUGGUUUGUCAACCAUUUUUCGUGGCGUACAAGAUGGCUGAACUUGCGAAUAAUCUAAGCAUGUACUGUACCUUGAGGAUGAUAUAUAACAUUCCCGGCUGGAUAACGACUGGUGUGUCUUUGGUAACUCUAAGCUUAGUCUCAGUUCAUCAACUUCUUGCUUUGACCCUGCAUUUACGAUACAACGCGAUCGUCACCGUUUCCCGCGUGUUUCAAAUCAGUGCGUGUGUUUGGAUACUUUCUAUAACGGGUAUUACGUCGAGGUUCUAUGUGAGAAACUGGAUUGCCAUUCCAGCGGUAACAUUACUUUUAACAUUUCUUGUUACAGCCCUGAGCACCUUGAAGAUAUUUCAAAUCGUCCGUAAACAUCAGCGCCAGAUAAGCCAACAAGAGCAGAGUGUUCAAAGUAACACGAUAAACGUGCUCAAAUGUAGAAAAUCUGCUGUGACUGUAAUUUACGUUUAUGGUUUGUUUGUGAUGUUUUAUCUUCCAUUUCAUGCGAUGAUUUUCGUAGAAAAAUUUUCUGGAUACACAUUAACAGUAAAAAUUGCCUAUGACUUUGCAGCAACUGUUGUUUUCAUUAACUCCUUCUUGAAUCCAUUUGUCUUCUGCUGGAGAUUUGGAGAAAUGCGACGAGCUGUGAAGAAUACACUUAGAAAAAACUGAGUUUCAUUAAACUGAGAACCAAACCUACCGAGAUUGAUUACAUACAAACAUUCACAACCAGAGCGGUCCCUCACCAGGCACAAGAUUUAAAAGAUCAGUGAUAAAUGGCAACAGUCUUAAACAGAUGCGGCAAUGGCGAGGCCUUCCAGGACCAUAUAAGAGUGCAAUUGGUGAAAAGAGAUCAAUGGUAAAGAACGAGACACGAGUCAAGCCACAAACGCUGAACUGCAAAAAAUUGGACAAAACAGAAAAAAGAAAAAAAGAUGGCGGUAGAAAAAAAGAUAGCGACUGGUACAUCCACCCAUAGUUCUUAGCGCACGAAAACCUAAACAACGUUCAUAAAAACGUAAAGAAACAUUAUAAUAUCUUCAAACCCAGGCCACUAGCUCGAUGUCCUUAGUACAGGGA